CGUAGUUUGCACAAUGGAUCAGAUCAUGAAAGAGGCCAGACUGGCGCCGGGCACAUUGCCAAGCACGCCCCGCCACAAAGAGGAACAGUGGCAAACUGACGUGAAGAAAGGGAGGGUCUCAACCACCUCGACUCAUUGUCCUGAUGCAGAAGAUGUUCUGGAGGCUGCGUUUGAUCCACAUGAAUGCUUGGAGGACGUGUUCACAUGCUCGGAUCAGACUUCGUGUUCCGGCGGAGAGAGCCCAAGCUUUGGACUGACAAGGCAACCUGCUUGGUGGGCACCGAAGUCAGAGGACAAGGCAAAUCUUAUCAAGAACCUUGAGGGAUUCAUUGAAAGUUGCCACAUGGGCAUCGCAAGACCCAAGGACCUACAGGAUUUGCAACAACAAUAAGACGUGUUCACAUGCUCGGAUCAGACUUCGUGUUCCGGCGGAGAGAGCCCAAGCUUUGGACUGACAAGGCAACCUGCUUGGUGGGCACCGAAGUCAGAGGACAAGGCAAAUCUUAUCAAGAACCUUGAGGGAUUCAUUGAAAGUUGCCACAUGGGCAUCGCAAGACCCAAGGACCUACAGGCUGCGUUUGAUCCACAUGAAUGCUUGGAGGACGUGUUCACAUGCUCGGAUCAGACUUCGUGUUCCGGCGGAGAGAGCCCAAGCUUUGGACUGACAAGGCAACCUGCUUGGUGGGCACCGAAGUCAGAGGACAAGGCAAAUCUUAUCAAGAACCUUGAGGGAUUCAUUGAAAGUUGCCACAUGGGCAUCGCAAGACCCAAGGACCUACAGGCUGCGUUUGAUCCACAUGAAUGCUUGGAGGGCGGCGGUGAUGGUGUAGCAAGCAACACAGCUGCACCGCAGCCAGCUGUAUCGCCUGCUCGCCUGACAGAAGGGCCUCCGAAUGUGUUUCUGGCAUGCUGGCGAUUUGUAUGCAGUGUUAUUGCGGGCGAGGACCGCCAGGAGAAGCCGACUGACCUUUGCGCUUUUCAACGUGUGUGGCAAAAGAGGCCAUGUCAGCAGCUGGUUCUUCAAUGCCUAGAUGUACAAAGUAUCUUGUGUCUGCGCGCUGGACACAGCGAUGAUCAGCAGGCCUAUCGGAAGCAUUUUGCAGAGCACUCAGAACACGCUUUCCCUCACACCAGGAGACCAUGCUGCAACUCCUCGCAGGAGAAGUCCUGGCACAGUUUCAGGUGCUUGCUAGUCAGCAAAUGUUUUCGGAACAAUGCCGUCAAAUGCCUGACAGACUGGGGUUCAUAUCCUGGUCAAGAUCUCCUCUUGCGUCUUGCCUUCAGUUCCAUCUGGGACUUGAGAGCUAUCGGAGCAAAGAAGAUGUUUGCUGUGGCGGAGAGCUUCGGACAAGACAAGCAGCGUCAUAAGAGCUUUGUCGAGGACUUGAUUGCGAGAUGCAGGAUGGUCGAUGAAGAAUGGACCAUCUACGCAAAACAUUUGGUGCAUACACACUUGCCGCAUCCUCGGUUCCCAGGGGGCGCCAUGUGCAUGUUGGACAAAGUCGAAAACAUGCUCAAAUCGAGUACCAGCCCGCUUGCAGAAUACCCACUGUUGAUGCUUGGGCUCCAUUGGUACGUACGGAGACAAGCUCCGAAGAGUGCCAAAGCGCAACGUGUGUGGUCAUACUUUGAAAAAGGAUUUGCAGAUGUCAUUCUCUUCUAGGCGAUGCGAAGGAUCUCUUGCCGACCAAACAAAACGACCAACUUGAUCAAGAAUGUUUACAACAAUGUAAGGAUGAAAGCUGGAAUCGACGGAGGCGAUACCUGAUUUUGACAUCCCAUCAAGAUGCUCAAGAUUGCUCGAAAUACAGACGAAGAGGUUUCUGACCCGCAGCUCUUGCACAUGUACCGAGCUCAAGACGUUCGUCGCAGGAAUUUACGCUUCAAGUCUGGGAACUUGACAGAGAUGAUACAGCAAUCUGUAGAGUGUUCAUCGAUGCCAAGCUCGUGAAGGCUUUUGAAAAACGAGUUCUCAAAGUAUUGUUCAUUGAAGCUGUUUUGUUUGCUUUUGAGAGACUUGCGC